AUGAUAGAAUUAGAAAAACUUACAGGGGAAAAAUCAAAAUGGAAAUGGCACAAAGAAACGAUAUUAGAUCCCCAAAAGAAAUGCGUCGUCAGAACAGGACAAAAUUUUAGCGGUUCCCUCUGUGAUUCUGGGUAUCCUUUGUGCCUCAAAGCUAAAUGCAAUAUAAAAUCCGGAGGUGCAUGUAAACACGAUAAAGAAUGCGCGUCAAAUAAUUGUUUUCAAGACACCUGUCAAUGUAAGAUGGCCUCGAAACUUAAAAAUGGCGUAUGUGUCUUGGAUGAUCAACCAUGCAACGAGAAUAUAACGUGCAAACAAAAAUUGGGCAAUCUUAGCUAUUGUAACGUCAAUCAAAGUCAAUGCGAAUGUUCUAGUCCUUACAUUAUUGUCAAUCAGGAUUGCGUGAAAGAAAGACUCAUUGGGAAUAGAUGCUUGAAUCAUAGCGAAUGCGUACACAAACAGUGUAGAUCCAGAUGUCAAUGUCCUACUGGAACCUUUUUCGAUCAAACUAUAUGUUCCGAAGAAACAAAUUUUUAA